AUGGAAAAAGCAGUAGAACUACAUUGGCCAGUACGUUCAUCCAUGGUCAAGUUGAUUGGCUUCUUUCCUUCACAAGCUGAUAAACAAUCAAACACUAGCAUGUGGAGUAGUCAUUGUCGUUCUAUGUUUAAAUCAGCUGUUAUAUUGUCUCAGCAAUACCAUAUAACGUUUCAAGGACAAUAUCUUGAUUAUGAAGAAAUCAUAACAGAAGAUGAUGCUAUAGUUGCACUUGAUCAUGCAUGUCAAAAAGUAUCAACGUCAAACAUUGUUGGAUUUGUUGGUCCAGCAUAUUCAAAUGAAGUGCGAAUUCUAGCAUCAUUUGCAUUUCGAUUAGGAAUAUUAAGUAUCUCGUAUUCAGCUACAAGUCCUGGUUUAUCAACUAUUGACAAUGGAGCAUUCUAUCGUAUAAAUCCAUCCGAUGAAAACAUUGUAAUAGGUAUAGCAGUAUUAUUUCAACAAUACACAUGGAAAUCGUGUAUAAUUAUAUAUCAAAAUGAUGAUUAUGGUUAUAGUGGUAUGAAAUCAUUGAGUCACAAAUUUAGUGAAUGGAAUAUUAAAAUUUCAGAGAAAAUUAAAUUUGAUAUUCAUCAACAAAAUUUUGAAAUUGAUUUUAAAAAUACAUUACUUAAUGACUUCUCACGUAUUGUUAUUGUAUGGGCCACUGCAACAUCAACAAAAACAAUAUUGAAUAUGGCAAUCAAAGAAAAUUUAAUUGGUCCAUCUUUUAUUUGGCUGCUAAGUACAACAAUAGCAUUGGACGAUUUCGAUCUAAGACAAAAGCAAGAACUUAUUGGAAUACUUACUGUUGAACCUGUAAAAGCAGAUUCUGUUGAAGUACCAAGAAAUAUAACUCUGUUAAAGGAAGCAUACGAAAUAUGGAAACAUUAUGAAUCGGAAACCUUUCCUGGUGAGACAAAUGUGAAUAGUUAUGCAUUAUUUGCAUUUGAUGCAACAUGGUCAUUAAUAUUGGCAUUGCAGCAGUUAUGUUCAAUGCCUUUAUCAUGUUUAGAAUUUAAGAAUGUUUCAAAUUGUUAUAAUCAUCAAUUUUUGAAUUCGAAACAGUAUUAUAAUAUAAUGAGAACAAUGACAUUUUUAGGUGUGUCUGGUGAGGUGAAAUUUUCUAACGGAACAACAGAUCGUGUUGACAACACAUUCUAUAUGAUUAACAAUUUACAACCUUUAAAUGAAGAACCAAAUUAUAUUGGUUAUUUACCUGUAUUAAAAUGGCAUGCUGAUGCACCUGAAUGGACAUAUAAUAAUAAUAAAUCUGAUAGUAUUUUAUGGCCAGGUCGAUUAAGAAAUAGGCCAUCAGGUUACAAAUUAAUUCAAGGUCAAGAAUUACGGAUGGCUAUUAUUGAAUCACCACCGUUUAUAAUAUUGAAAAAUGCAACUGCUGCGUACUAUAACAUGAAAGACAAUUAUAAAAACAUAAGUAUAACAGAAUUUGAUGGUUUUUAUAAAGAUAUACUCUUAUAUUUACAAGAUAAAAUGGGUUUUUCUCCUAUAAUCAUGUUAGCUAAACCAAGUACACAAUACAAUGAAUUAGUUGAGGGAGUAUCAAGAAAUUUAUUUGAUACAGUUAUGAGUACUAUAGUUAUAAAUGCAAAACGAAAGACUAUGGUUGAUUUUGGUACACCUAUUAUUCCUCAUUCUAUUAGAAUUAUUAUAAGAAAACCAAACUCUGUCCAAUUAGAUCCUCUCUUUUUUUUAAAGCCAUUUUCUUUGGAGGUCUGGUUAUUUAUACUUGCUACAAUUCCUUGUACUGGUGCAUUAAUAUGGUAUUUUGAGCCAAAAGAAAAAAGAAAAUUUGUAACAAUAAUACAUACUAUUAAUUUUAUAAUUCAUACUAUACUCGAUAAAGAUCAUUCUUUUACUGCUUCAACGGCUUCUGGACGAUUUCUGACACUUGGUUUACAUAUUUUACAAACAAUAUUAUUCGCAGUAUAUACAGCUAGUUUAUUGAAUUAUUUGUUGAUACAAAGCUUUGAUCCAAUUAUAUCAGGAAUAGAUGAUAUAAAAAAUAGUAAAAUACCACCAAAUCGAAUAGGAAUCCUAGCAGGUUCCCAUGUAGAGCAGCAGUAUUUAACUACUUUGUCGCAAGAUGGUGAUAUUGAUGCUGCUCUGUGGAUUAAUGAAUCGAUUGUCUAUCAUAUAAAUAAUAUAUAUUGUGAUCUUAUGACGAUCGGUGAUGAAUUUGGUCAAAGUUAUUAUGCCUUGCCAGUACGACAAGAUUGGUUAUAUAAAUCAGCUUUAGAUUCCAAUAUAGUAUCAAUAAUUGAGUCAGGAGAACUUGAUCGUAUAUCAGCAAAAUGGUUUGCAUCGCAUAACUGUAGCAAUCAACAACUAUCUGAACAAAGGAAAAUCACAAUACAAACAAUGAAAUGGUUAAUUCUUGCAUUUCUUACUAUCAUUGCUCUGUCCAUUACAUUGGAUAUCUCGUCAACUAAUGUGCAACAUUUCGUGAAAAGAAUACGCCGUUUUAUAAGACAGAUAAUCGGUAAGAAUGUAACUGUUGACCAGCGGCUUCGAUUGGUAGCCCGAAAAUAUGAAAUAUUAGACGCAGAUAUUGAUAAACUUUGUAAACUAAAAGAUUUCGAUAUUGCUAUUAUUUGUGAUGAUUCUGGUUCAAUGCAAACUCCUAUUAUAGGUACUUCACGUACUCGUUGGGAUGAACUUCGUGAAUUCGUGCGUCUUAUUGUCGAAUUUGGUGUUGUAUUCGAUUCGAAUGAUAUUGAUAUUCACUUCCUUAAUAGACCGGGUGUUCACAGAAUCACCGAGCUGGCACAGGGUGGUGGUGGUGGUGUACUAAUGAUCGAGGAUCAAAUAGCACCUGAUCAACUUCAAAUUGAAACAAAAUUUGGUCUUCAUAUGAAUUUAACUACCAUAAUUAGAUAUACUUGUUCUAUGUCGGACGAUUGUGCAUGGGCAUUCGCUAAUGAACUUUUUGGUUCUAAAUUAGCUGAGUUAGAUGCUCUUUCUAUUCAAGAAACGUUCAGUAACUUGCUCUACACAAAUGUACCAAAUCCAACUGGAGUUCAAUGUAUUGGUAGUACAUGUACAAUGAGUAGUUAUUGUCAAGCAAAACUCGAAGAGAUUCGCUCAUCUGAACACAGACUAUUAAAUAUCGAUAAUAAUUUACCAUGUCUUAGUACACUAACAGAAGUCAAUAUGAUAACUAUAGCGCAAACAUAUUCUUAUCCCAAUACCAUCAAAACAAAUAUGUCGUUAACCUGUAAUCGUUUAGAAUGUAACAAUAUAUCAACUGUUAUGCAAGUUUAUGAACUGUUCAAUUAUCGAUAUGUUCUACCACUAAAUGAUUCAAUUUUAAAUAUUAAUACAUCUUUUAUAUCAACAACUCCAAAACCACAACCUUCAAUCGCAUUUAUAGCUGUUUCAUCAGAAAACAUAAUCGUUCAUAUUAUUUUAAGCUUGCUAUUCUGUAAAAUAAUGUGA